CGGAGCCGGUGAGGCGGCGAAGGGGGGAGGGGGAGGAAGCAAGGGAUGAGCGCCGGGAGGGCGUCGGGGGCCCUGAGCCGGACUAGGACGCCCCUGGAGCAGGAACCCGAGCUGGAGCCGGAGCCAGAACCAAACCACCGUCCCUAGCUGCAGCCCCCUAACCCCAGGAGGCGCCCUGGCCCGCGCUCGCCCCCCAGGGCCUCAUGUCGGAACCACAGCCUGACCUGGAACCGCCCCAACAUGGGCUGUACAUGCUCUUCCUGCUUGUGCUGGUCUUCUUCCUCAUGGGCCUCGUAGGCUUCAUGAUCUGCCACGUGCUCAAGAAGAAGGGCUACCGCUGCCGCACGUCGAGGGGCUCGGAGCCUGACGAUGCCCAGCUCCAGCCCCCUGAGGACGAUGACAUGAAUGAGGACACAGUAGAGAGGAUUGUUCGCUGCAUCAUCCAAAAUGAAGCCAAUGCUGAGGCCUUGAAGGAGAUGCUGGGGGACAGUGAAGGAGAAGGGACAGUGCAGCUGUCCAGCGUGGAUGCUACCUCCAGCCUGCAGGACGGAACCCCCUCCCAUCAUCACACAGUGCAUCUGGGGUCUGCUGCCCCUUGCAUCCACUGUAGCCGCAACAAGAGGCCCCCACUUGUCCGUCAGGGACGCUCCAAGGAAGGAAAGAGCCGCCCCCGGCCUGGGGAGACCACUGUGUUCUCUGUGGGCAGGUUCCGGGUGACACACAUAGAGAAGCGCUAUGGACUACAUGAGCAUCGUGAUGGCUCUCCCACAGACAGGAGCUGGGGGUCUGGUGGAGGGCAGGACAUAGGGGGUAGUCAGGGGUCUGGGGGAGGGCAUCCCAGGGCAGGGACACCUGCCAUUGAGAGCCUGCCCCCUGAGAGGCCACAGCCCCUGGCCCUCGCCAGUCCCUUGGUGCAGAAUGGAGGACUCAGGGACAGUAGCUUAGUCCCUUGUACACUUGAGGGCAACCCUAGAGCCUCUGCAGAGUCAGUGCUAGGGGCUGGAGGGAAGGGCCCAAGCCCAGGACUGGCCAGUCGAGAGGCAACUGGACAGCCAAGCAAACUGGACACCACAGAUCACCAGGUGUCUGCACCACGAGGAGCAGGGGGUGUGUGAGCCUCCUUCUUCAAUGUACUGAUGGACUACCGGCUGGCAGGGCCGGGGGUGGGUGGGCAUGAAGGCCCUCCUUUCCACUGGACAGCACUGCCCUCAGCUGAGGAACCAGCUCUACUUCCACCUGGAGUUGCAUGGUCUCAGUCUGGGGGACCUCGGGAGAAGUCUCCCCACCCCCAUCCCUCAGUCUCUUUCACUUCCCCUGCCUGCCAACAGGCCGCCUGACCCCUUCCCCAUCACCUCGCUCCAUUUGCUAGAGCGUGGCAGCUGGGAGCAGGCCCCUGCCCUUGGUGGGCCCCUAAAGCAAUAGCACCAUAGGCCCCCUGCCCUCUUGGCACAAGAGGCCCAGGCCCUGGCUUGGGCUUAGUGCCCUUUAUUCACUGUCAAUAAAUCCGCUCAGACCAUUACA